GCUAGCUUUGAAACGACUGCUUUUGGUCAAAAUACACUCUUCAACUAAUGCUUUCUUCUAGCUCGUUGUCUUCUUGCCUGCACUGUGCCGUAAGAUGGGAGUCCCUUACUGUAUUAUUAAGGGGAAGGCAAGACUGGGACGUCUGGUCCACAGGAAGACCUGCACCACUGUCGCCUUCACACAUGUGAACUCGGAAGACAAAGGUGCUUUGGCCAAGUUGGUGGAAGCCGUCCGCACAAAUUAUAACGAUAGAUAUGAUGAGAUCCGACGUCACUGGGGAGGCAAUGUCCUGGGUCCCAAGUCUGUGGCUCGCAUCGCCAAGCUCGAAAAGGCAAAGGCCAAAGAACUGGCCACAAAACUGGGUUAAAUUGUAAAAUUUUCUUGUAAAAAAAUAAUAAAAAUUUUCCUUCA